AUGACCUCCCUCUCCUCCGCCGUGGCACUGCCGUCCUCGUGCCGGGCCCGCCCGGCGGGGGGCAGCCGGAGGGCACGGAUGGUGGUGACGCGCGCGGCGGCGUCCAGCCCGAAGCUGCCGAACGGGCGGCGGCUGCGGGUGGCGGUGGUGGGAGGCGGCCCCGCGGGCGGCGCCGCGGCGGAGGCGCUGGCGAAGGGCGGCGUGGAGACGGUGCUGAUCGAGCGGAAGAUGGACAACUGCAAGCCCUGCGGCGGCGCCAUCCCGCUGUGCAUGGUGUCGGAGUUCGACCUGCCGCUCGACCUCGUGGACCGCAAGGUGAGGAAGAUGAAAAUGAUUUCGCCGUCCAAUGUCGCCGUCGACAUCGGCCGCACGCUCGCGCCCCACGAGUACAUCGGGAUGGUCAGGCGCGAGGUGCUCGACGCCUACCUCCGCUCACGGGCACAGUCCGCCGGCGCGGAGGUCGUCAACGGCCUCUUCCUAAGGUACGAGGCGCCCAAGGAGCCGAACGGCUCGUACGUGGUGCACUACAACCACUACGACAGCAGCAGCAGCAACGGCAAGAUCGGCGGCGAGAAGCGGUCGUUCGAGGUGGACGCGAUCGUGGGCGCGGACGGCGCCAACUCCCGCGUGGCCAAGGACAUGGGCGCGGGCGACUACGAGUACGCCAUCGCCUUCCAGGAGCGCGUCAAGAUCCCCGACGACAGGAUGGUGUACUACGAGGAGCGCGCGGAGAUGUAUGUCGGCGACGACGUCUCGCCCGACUUCUACGGCUGGGUGUUCCCCAAGUGCGACCACGUCGCGGUCGGCACCGGCACCGUCACGCACAAGGCCGACAUCAAGAAGUUCCAGGCCGCCACGCGCCUGCGCGCCAAGGACAAGAUCGAGGGCGGCAAGAUCAUCCGCGUCGAGGCGCAUCCCAUCCCCGAGCACCCCAGGCCCAAGAGGGUGUUCGGGCGGGUGACGCUGGUGGGCGACGCCGCGGGGUACGUGACCAAGUGCUCCGGCGAGGGCAUCUACUUCGCGGCGAAGAGCGGGCGGAUGUGCGCCGAGGCCAUCGUGGCGGGCUCCGCCAACGGGACGCGGAUGGUGGAGGAGAGCGACCUGCGCAAGUACCUGGCCGAGUUCGACCGCCUCUACUGGCCCACGUACAAGGUGCUGGACAUCCUGCAGAAGGUGUUCUACCGCUCCAACGCCGCGCGCGAGGCGUUCGUGGAGAUGUGCGCCGACGACUACGUGCAGAAGAUGACCUUCGACAGCUACCUCUACAAGCGCGUCGUGCCGGGCAACCCGCUCGACGACAUCAAGCUCGCCGUCAACACCAUCGGCAGCCUCGUCAGGGCCACCGCGCUGCGCCGGGAGAUGGAGAAGGUCACCUUGUGA